AUGGCCUCAUCAGCGCCUUCGUCUGGGCCGGCUGGAGGAUCAGCCCAAGCGGCCGGCGACGCUCCACCGGGCGGAGAAUCUGAAGUGUCGAUACAGAAAAUUCAGGAGCUGCUCAAGGCCAAGGACGACACGUCGAGAUUCGUCGGCCUGGCGCUUCUCAAGUCUGUGCUGGACAACUCCCCAGAGCUGAGAGAAGAUGAGGCCUCUAUCACGGCUCUGUGGAUCAGCAUCCCGUCGCGCUUCCUGGACCGCCUGCUGCGAACAGGCGCCACUCAGAAGAAGGAUGCCAAGGACAUGCUCGAUAUCGCCGUCGCGGUUCACCAUACCUUUGUGGUGUUCCUCCCCGAUGACAUAAAACGGGAGUCUAAGAUGUUUAGCAGAAUUCCCAUGCUGGUUAACACGCUUCUGUACAGUUCGCCAGAAACAACACAGCUAACUCUGCAGACUCUCCUGACGCUCACGAGCUUCCCAGAGGGUGCCAAGGAGCUGGUACACAUGGAAGACAUCAGCUCCUUGGUAGAGAUUGCCCCAACUUACCCUGCUGCCCUCGAGGUGCUCUAUUUCACAUGGCUAAACUCCAUGUCACUACCAGAAGCAAAGGCAACUCUAUCGCUUAAGAUAGACGCGACCAUCCGCAGUCUAGUGGCAACGUUCAGGGGCACUGAUGCGAUCACUCUUCUUGCCUUUCUGGCAAAGCUGCUCAGGAGCCUCAACGCCGAGUCUCUUCCCAGGAACCCACCAUGGAUCAAGCAACUCAUCGCGUAUAUCCGCAACGUGGUAAGCAGCCGACCGACUGCUGAAGGCCGGGCAGCCUACACGAAUCUCGCCGCAACGCUUCUUCAAGUGUACCCGAGCGAGACACCGCAACUUCUCUUCUCUGAGGAGAUCGAGGCCGAGAAGCCAUUCUCCUACCUCUUCGUCAACCUACUCCUAGUUGACCUCCGCUCCUCUUUCCCCAGCCUGCUCGAAAAGCUCAAUAGUCCGGAGUACAGUGAAAUAGCAAGGCGUCUCGCGUCAGCAUUCGACAUCAUCUCAUCCUUCAUUGGCUUCCUCGUCCGCUACAUGGACGACGACAACCUCCAGAGCUCGUCCACCGCGCACAUGAUGGCGCCAGACCUCCUGCUCAAGCUGCGAAAGAGCAUCUCCGAGACAAUGUCCGUGACGAUCGAGUUCCUCCGCGACAGGUGGGACGCCUCCGUCGCGGGCGCCCUGGGCCUGCACCCGGACGCGCGGGCGGGCACGGCCAACACCUUCGCGGGCUCGCGGCUCACGCUCGCCUGGGACUCCAAGACGGACGCGGCCGGCGAGGACGCGCUCAUCUUCGCCGCCGUCCGCAGCCUGGCCAUCUGGCUGCGCGAGGACGACAACGACACCCUCCGCAGGGAGGCCGCCGCGCUGGCGGACAUGCUGAUGGAGCUCUACCGGGACAGCGGCGCCAGGUCGGCGGCGCAGGACUUCAGGCCGCCGGUCGUCGUCGCGCUCGAGGGCAUCACCGCCGUGGAGGAGGGCGUUGAGGCCUUUCUGGACCAGGACGGGUGGGACAUCCUCAGCCAGGACAUGCUGGCCGUUCUGCAGGCCAGCUCCGCCAUCAGCGACGAGGCCGAAGCGCUCAGGGCCACCGAGAUCGUCCGCCUGCUGCUCCCCAUCGCGGAGGCCGAGCGCCCGGGGGCCAGGGAGGCGUGGAUGGCGGUCGUUACUAAGGUCGCCGCGUGGGACGUGCCGCCCGCCGAGCAGCCGCCCGCCGUUUACGAGUUCCAGGUGGCCGUUCUGCAGCUCGUCACAGCUCUUUUGGCCAAUACGCAUCCAGGGUGA